UUUUCUCUCUCCUCCACAUAUUUGUUUUAACUAUUAUGUGCCCUUCAUAGGCCUUCAACACCACAACUACAAUCUCAUUGUUGGAUAGAGUACUGAAAGAGUACUCUAUUGAGUAUUCACUUCAUCUAAUUUCAUCAAAGAAUUAAUUUUUCUAAGCAUAAGUAAUGGCAACACAAGCUUUGGUGUCAUCUUCUUUAACUUCUUCAGUGGAAACUGCAAGACAGAUUCUAGGUGCUAGGUCAGGAGUUUCUCCUUCUUCAAAGAAGAACUCUUUUGUUGUCAGAGCAUCUGCUACUCCUCCCGUUAAGCAAGGAGCAAACAGGCCCCUUUGGUUUGCAUCGAAGCAGAGCCUUUCAUACUUGGAUGGCAGUCUUCCAGGAGAUUUCGGGUUCGACCCACUAGGACUCUCAGACCCAGAAGGCACUGGUGGGUUCAUUGAGCCUAGAUGGUUAGCCUAUGGUGAGAUCAUCAACGGUCGUUUCGCUAUGCUAGGUGCAGCAGGUGCAAUCGCGCCCGAAAUCCUAGGAAAAGCUGGUCUGAUCCCAGCUGAAACAGCCCUCCCAUGGUUCCAAACUGGUGUGAUCCCACCAGCAGGCACCUACAAUUACUGGGCUGACCCUUACACAUUGUUUGUGUUUGAGAUGGCACUAAUGGGCUUCGCCGAGCACCGUAGAUUGCAGGAUUGGUACAACCCAGGGUCCAUGGGAAAGCAAUACUUCUUGGGCCUAGAGAAAGGCUUUGCUGGAUCAGGUGACCCAGCUUACCCAGGUGGGCCUAUUUUCAACCCAUUGGGCUUUGGAAAGGAUGAGAAGUCCAUGAAGGAGCUUAAGCUUAAGGAAGUAAAGAAUGGUAGGUUGGCUAUGUUGGCUAUCUUGGGCUACUUUAUUCAAGGUCUUGUAACUGGUGUUGGGCCAUACCAAAACCUCCUUGAUCACUUGGCUGAUCCAGUCAACAACAACGUCUUGACUAGUCUCAAGUUCCACUAAGAAAUUCUCUCACAUCUUUUUUUUUUUCUCAUGGUCAAUUAUGUUUUGUACUAUAUGGUUUCAACUUUCCACUCCCAUGUGAAAAUAUUAUGUGAAUUAAGACGGUGAUCCACAAAAUUAAGGAGUAAGUAUUAAUGUUAUUAAAAGUAGUGGCCAUUCAAUUUAAUAGAUACUACUUGUGUAUAAGAUCCACGUUUUUCAAAUGAACUAAAACUUGUAUCA